UGGUUGAUCAAAGCAUCAGAACCAAUACGCAUGCGCGAGAAUUGAACGCAAAGAAGGUUCCCCUCUCUAGAAUACGGCGAUCAGACAGUCAGUAUUCAAAGUCGACUUGUUCGAAAAUGGCGGCACGAAAGCGAAGUAUAGUCUGGUCAUUUUUCCAAGCUGAAGAUGACAGAAGAGUGUUGUGUCUUCUCUGUAUGAAGACGGUUUUGUAUUUUGGUCACACGACAAACAUGCUUCGCCAUUUACGAACGAAACACCCCUCUGAUUUUUCCUCGUUGGACAAAAGGAAGCCCGCGACAGAUGCGGUAUCCAAACGCAACGACAGUGGUUGUGUGGAAGUUACAGUAUUGAUGGAUGAGCAGCAGGUAGAGGUGGAGUCCGUGGGUGAAGAUGGUGAAAUGGAUGGAGCCAUCAAAGGGAUCCUCCGUGCUGCGGCAGGGGAAGGGACAACUGAAGCGGAGGUGGCUGAGGAGGAAGGUGAGGGGCCUGUUGAUGAAGGGGAUGGGAAAGAGAUACAAGAGGAUGACAACCCAGCUAAUACUCGCAAGUGGAGCUCCGUGUGGGUGCACUAUCGAAAGCUUGGCCAGGAGCCGCGAGCUCUGUGCUUGCUCUGCAUGGAGAAGAUCCAGCACCGGAGUAGCACAAGUAACCUUAUCAGACAUCUACAGCAUAAGCAUCCCAAUGAGUUUGCACAACUCGAGGAUCACCCACAAAAGCGGCCUAACAAACGCAAAUCUGAAGAUCCAAGCCGCCUUGCCUCCUCUCCCACAUUAGCAAGUGGGACCCCAACUAGAUCACACAUUGUGUCGCCAAAGCGCGAUGUCCGUACACCUUGCAGUACCAGCCUAGACAGAUAUUCAGGUGCUAAGUGGUCUGAGGGUGUGCGUAUAUUGGAAAGAGAACGGGAGCUGACAGAGGCGUUGAGGCGUGUCCAGCAGGAAGAGGGGCGGAGCAUACAGCUGCAGAAGGAGUUACUGCAGCAGUUCCGUGAAAUGGAUGCUGAGCGCCGAGUGCUUCAGAACCAGAAAUGUGAACAAGAGCAGGAACACGCAAGAUUGCGGAAGGAAAAAGAAGACCUCCAGAAGGAGAAGAAUGAACUCCAGAGAGAAAAAGAGGAGCUACAGAAGGAGAGAGAGGAGAUUCAGAAAGAAAAGGAGGAGCUGGAGAAGCAGAAACAAGAACUGGACUCUUGGAAAAAUUCUCAUGCGCAGGGACAGACCUCUGGAUUUUACAAUUGUUGAUAUACUUCAGUAUGUCUGUUUCACAAGGAAACAAGGAUUUCCUUUUUAUGGAAAUAGUUAUUUCUUUACCCUUUUUAUUUUUACAAGAUUGAUUUGGAUUGGGGGGGAUGGGGUUGUGGGAGUGGGGGAAAUGCCAGGGAUGUUGUAUUUUGUUUAGCUAAAUGAAAGUUUACCUUAACCUAACAGGAUUUCAAACACGUACAUGCAUGCGAAUUAUAGAUUACCUGCCGUUAAAAUAGAGAUUCGUGAUAAGGCCUUUCAUGUCAGAUAUCUAGAAAAUCAGUUUCAUUGAAUCUACUCACGCUGUACAUAUAUAUAUAUAUAUGAGUGUUAACACAAAGUUCAUGUUCGUUCCAAAGUUUGUUCCAAAAUUGACCAGUGUGUGAAUGUAUUCAAGUGAUUUUGUACAUUUCUGCACUGGGAAUAAAAAGAAAACUUUCAGCAAAUGUCCUUUCUCAGU